CCCAUCUCAAACACUCAAGAAAACAGCCAUGGUUCCUUUCCAAUCCCACACUUCUCUAAAUGAUUUAGCUAAGAAGAGGAAGUGGGAAGAGCCGACGUCGACACCAUCGACAUUGCUAAACUCCAUGUUCGAUAUCGAGCUUCACCUCGAAACUCCAUUACCUUCCGAUUGGCAAAGAUGCCUCGACAUUCAGUCGGGAAAGAUACACUUCUACAAUACGACAACUCAAAAAAGAACAUGGAAAGAUCCUAGGGAUAAGCUCGAUAAAGACGAGGAGGAGGAAGAGGAAGAAGACGACAACGACAUGAGUUUGGACCUUGAACUCAACCUGACUUGCGAAUCGCUCGACAAGAACAGUAAUAAUCAAACAACUCAAGGAGGGCGUCGAGCCGUAAACAACGGGUCGUCGACCGUGAUGGUGGCGGCCGUUUGCAUGAAAUGCCACUUAUUGGUAAUGCUGAGUAAAUCUUCACCGGAGUGUCCUAACUGCAAAUUCAUGAACUCGCCGCCGGAGCAGACCCCGCCGGCAAUGCUCAAGCGCCGGCGUCACCUUUCUUGGUAAUUAAAGUAAUAAUUGUAUUAUAAUUAAAUUAGAAGAAAAUAAAAUAUGCUUAAUUUGUGUUUAA